ACAUCUGGUCUUUUUCUCUUGGAUUUUGCUGGAGCGAUUUAAAUUCAUCCGAAUCCAAAAUGAUUGACAUAAGAAUAAUUCUGGAGCUUUUCAAGUUUACUGUACUUGCCGUCCUCGAAUCUCUUUUAUCAGAACGUGGCAAACCAUAAACCUGCAACAGUAUUGCAUUAUUAACAAAGUUUCUACGAGUUGUGAGUUCUAAAAUGAGUCCACUCCUAUAAAAAUAUAUACAUAAAAAAAAAAAAAAAAAGAGAGAACAAUCACCACCAAUUAAUCAGGGAUAUAACUGUUCCGUUUUACCUUGUCUCAACUGGACAAUGCACAACAACAGAGUAGAUUGAAAUCGAAUCUUUGAAAACUGGGGUUGACGUGGGCGGGGCGGCGAGAUCCCAAACUGUUGGGGCCUAACUUCAGUUGUCAUCUUUAGCCAAAUCAUUUUAAACGGAUGCUGGAAAAGACAGAGCUCGAGAAGCCCCAGAAAGGAGGUCAUAAAAAGAGAAGAGGCCAGGAAGCAGGCGAUGGAGGAGAGAGCAAGAGGAAGAAAGCUCAAGAUGGGUCAAAGGCAGAAGGAGAUGGUGGGAAAAAACGGCUCGAUGCACUGAGUGUUGGUUAUUACCGUCGUGUUGGGGAGAGAUUGACUGAAGACUUUGAAGAUGCUGAGGAGAGAGAUAUGUUUGUGGAAAAUGUCCUGAGUGAAGUCAAAGGCAAAGCGAGCCUGGUGGCAAUGGAUCGCACUGGAAGCGUCACUCUGCAGCGCCUGCUCCCACUGUCCAGUCCUGAACAGGUGGCAAAUGUAAUGGCGGAGCUGGGUGGCGAAUCAGGGUCAGACUUUAAGGUCGUCUCCUGUGACCGUUGUGGCGGCCAUGUAGUGGAGAGCGCAGUCAGACAGGUGUCCAGGUUGGCAGCAAAAGAAGAUCAGAAUGAUGAAGUUCUGGAAGUCCAGGUAUUGUCCUUAAGUCAAGUGGUGAGAGACAACAGCGCAGAGCUCAUCAAAGAUGUGCACGGCUCUCACGUCGUCCGCACACUUUUGCAUGUGCUGGCAGGCUGUGUGGGACCUCCCCGCACUGAGUCACGUCCAAGUGCAAAAGAGCGCAACGCUCCUCCUCAGCUGACUGACUUUGAGAUACCUACGUCUUUUUGGUAUGAGCUGAAAAGCCUCACGGAGACUUUGAUGGACAGUGUUAAAUUAAGCAUCACAGACUCGGUUGCCAGUGCAGUAUUCCAGACCAUGUUGAGAGUGUGUCACAGGAAACGGCCCAAACUUUGCAAGCAGCUCGUCAAGCGCAUCAUGGCAUACUUGACAAGUUGUCCCGCUGCUCCAGGAGUUAGUCCACUUCUGGUUUUCCUCAAGGACCUGGCUUCCAGUCACCUUAUUGAGGCCAUCAUUCAGCUGUCACCCAAAUCUCUUCUCCGCGACCUUUACAAGAACCAUCUCAAGGGUCACUUGGUCAACCUUGCUCUCCAUCCAAUCGCCAACUUCCCUGUACAGAGGCUGACAGCAGCCUCGGCCAAAAGCAAACUGUUCCUCAGGUUAUUCGAUGAGUUAGUCCAAGGCGUGGAGGCCAUCUUGGCCGCAGGUCACAUGGGUGUGAUUGUGCAACUGGCCGAAAGCUGUGCAGAAAGUGAAGCACGGCAAGGAGAAUUGAUGCAGUCUCUACUCAAUGCAUUCCACUGCGCAGAGCCUGGCUCCCGACAUGUACACUGCCUCCCUCUCUUUAUGUCCCUUCUCACCUACGAUGUAUACUACCACUCUGACACAGCAGAGGGCAGCGAGCAGACAGAGGCCCCCCUGUCCUCCAUCUGUUACCACGGCUCCCGGCUGGUGCAGGCACUCGCCAGGUUCCAGGAGCGCUCAAUCCUCCUCAGCAGUCUGCGCACACUAACCCCAGCGGAUCUCUUGACACUGGCGUCUCACCCCUCUGGCAGCCACGUGCUUCAGGCCCUCAUCUCCACAUCCAGCGACAAGGGAAGGGGCAAAAUCCUCAAGAGGCUGGAGGGUCAGUAUGUUCGAAUGGCAUGCUCCAGGUUGGGCAGUCGAGUACUGGAGGCCAUAUGGAGCAGUGCAGCUGUCAGUCAGAGGCAAAGCAUUGCACAGGAGCUUGUGCCAAGCGAAAGCCAGCUGAGGUCAGACCAGUUUGCGCGACAUGUGUGGGCCAAAUUUGCGCUCUCCCACUUCAUCCACCGACGAGCCCACUGGCAGGAGAUUCAAACCGGCGAGUCCAAGAAACGCAAGCUUUUCAGUGAUAUUCUUGAAUGAAAUCAACAUUUGAGAAUGUUUUUUGUUCUUUGUUUUUCCGUGGUUUGAUUAAAACAUUUGCGGAGAAAUAACAAAGAUGUUCUUCCUUGUGUGUAAAUUCAAAUACUUCAAGAAUGAAGAUCAAUGUUAAUUUGUUUGAAAUUAAAUACUGAGGCAUCUCUUA